AUUAUCUUGGUCACACAUGAUGAAUCAACAUUCUAUGCUAAUGAUCAAAAACAAACUGUAUGGACUCAUAAAUCAGCUACUCCAAAACCAGCUGUUAAAGGAGAAGGAGUAUCAAUAAUGAUAUCAGACUUUUGUACACCAGAGAAAGGCUGGUUACGUUCAUCUAAUGGGUAUAUUACAAUUUUAUAA